AUGGGCGGCACAGAAAGUAAAACAACCGACUCCAAGUACCAGCUUGCCUUCGACGAGGAAGAGAAGGGGAUCGUUAGUGGCGUCUUCUGUAGUCUCUCCCACGGCAAGAAGUCAUUCAACAAGGAAAAUCUCCAGCACUUUACAAGCCCAAUUCUGGACCCCGUGACCAGUGGCCGCUUGUUUGACCUGCUGGAGAGACCCCUGCCUCAGAAGAACCUACAGCAGAAGGGACACAGUAGCCGCCCUCAGAAUCAUGAGAUCAACUUGCAGCACUUCAGCUCUCACCUGGCCAGCCUCUUGAAAGGUGGCAUCCCAGAUCUGGCACACAGCUGCAUGCUCCUUGCUUCCAGCUCCCCAGGUUCUGUUUCUGCUCAAGAUCUGAUCACAUUUGUCAACAGCAUUCUCCACAGUUACGAGAGACUGCUGACAGCCCAUUGUUCAGCCUACCAGAGCUGGAUUUUUGCACCUGCCUCAGACUCUCACCUGAGACUGGCACAGUCUUUGUUGAGUCCACUGCUACAGCCAGACAAGUCUCCAGUGGAAACCUCCAGCAAGCUGACUUUCACAGAGGAUGAAGUCACUGACUGGUUGUCUCAGUGUUCCAUUUUCCUGCAAAUUCUCACUCAAGUUUUCCAUGGAGCAUUCCAGUUCUAUCAAACAGAACCCCAACAGAUGACCUUUCACCCUCGGCUGCCACAUGUCAGGGACACCAACUGGUCCAAGUUCAAGACCAUGCUGGACUUCCCCACGGUGCUGUACUUGAACUUUGCCCUGCUGAGUGAACUGCAGACUGAGUGGAAGCUGCUGUUCAGCAGUAGCCUGCAUGGCUGCAGCUUCUCCCAGUUGUUACAGUUGAUCAAACACAAGGGACCCACCUACAUCAUCAUCAGAGAUAAAGAUGGCUAUGUCUUUGGGGGGUUUGCUGCUGUCUCCUGGGACCUAAAUCCUAAAUUUGUAGGGAACUCCUCCUGCUUCCUGUUCUCUGUGAGACCCAACUAUUGCAGCUACAAGCCGACUGGCUACAACCCCAACUUCAUGUAUCUCAACCACCAGGUGCAGACCCUACCCAACGGUUUGGGCAUGGGAGGUCAGUUUGAAUUCUUUGGCCUGUGGAUUGACCAGUCGUUUGACCAGGGUCACAGUAAAGCCAGUGCCAGAGGUUGUACCACCUACGGCAGCCCUCGUCUCUCAGCCAGGGAGGAGUUUGAGGUAGACUGCCUGGAGGUCUGGGCCGUAGGGAGGAAGAAAAAGGCAGAAGGAGAGGAAGAUGAUGAGGAGGACGAUGAGGCCGUGGAUGGUAGCAAG